AGACCAAUAAAACAUUUUCUUCAUUUCCCCUCACUCUUCCCCUUCCCAAAAUAACUUCCUCAAUGAAGUCACCAACUUCCAACCAAAAGAAGAACUCCAUCUCCUUCUACAUCAUCUCCCUCUGCUUUGUCUUCUUUGUUGUGAUCCUUUAUGGUGAAGACUUCGGUUGCAUCCUUAGCCAAUCAACCUUGAAGUUGCAAGAGCCGGAAGAGGAGAAACCAGAUCAAAUUCUUUCAUUACAAACUGAGCAAGAGAAGGAUUUAGUGGUGCCUUUUGCGGUAGAGAGGGGAGAGAAAGAAUGUAAUUUGUUUAGUGGGAGUUGGGUUUAUGAUGAAGAGACAAGGCCGCUGUACCAGGAGGAAGAGUGCCCUUAUAUACAGCCUCAGCUUACUUGCCAGGCUUAUGGGAGACCUGACAAAGGCUAUCUUCAUUGGAGAUGGCAGCCUCAUGAUUGUGAUUUGCCCAGCUUCAACGCCACCUUCAUGCUGGAGAAGCUAAGAGGAAAGAGACUGAUGUUCAUCGGCGACUCCUUAAACCGCGGCCAGUUUGUCUCCCUAGUCUGCCUCCUCCAUCGAUCCAUCCCUGAAAACUCCAAAUCCAUGACAACCAACGGCUCACUCACCAUCUUCCGAGCCAAGGACUACAAUGCCACAAUUGAGUUCUUCUGGGCUCCAUUCCUCGUCGAGUCAAACUCAGAUGACGCCAUUGUUCAUAGAGUAAGGGAUCGAAUCGUUCGUGUUGGAUCAAUUAACAAGCACGCUCGGCAUUGGAAGGGCAUAGACAUUAUGGUCUUCAAUACCUAUCUUUGGUGGAUGACAGGACAGAAGAUGAGGAUUCUUCGAGGUUCGUUCGAUAGUGAGAACAAGAAUAUCACGGAGAUGGUGACGGAGGAUGCUUAUAGAUUGGCUGUGAGGAGAAUGAUGAGGUGGGUGGAGCAGAACAUGGAUCCCAAGACAAACAGGGUGUUCUUCGCUACCAUGUCUCCUUGUCAUGAGAGGAGUGCGGAGUGGGGUGGCGAGGCCGAGGGCAACUGCUAUGGAGAGACGACGCCAAUAAUGGAUCCAAAUUUCUGGGGGAGCUGUUCCAGAAAGAGCAUAAUGAGUCUGGUGGGCAAUUUGUUCACCGGGAGAAAGAUGCCAGUUACGAUUCUCAAUAUCACUCAGCUCUCUAAUUACCGAAAGGACGCGCACACAUCCAUCUACAAGAAGCAGUGGAACAAGCUCACAGCAGAGCAGCUCGCCAACCCGAAGAGCUAUUCUGAUUGCGUCCACUGGUGCUUGCCCGGGCUUCAAGAUACUUGGAAUGAGCUCUUGUAUGCUAAGCUUUUUUUUCCUUGAAAUUUUGUUUUCUUUCGAUUCAUUGUGGCACUUAGUAUUGUUUUUAAUUGUUAAUUUUUUAUUUGUUGUUGAUGAUGUGUUGUGUUGGGCUGUUCUAAUUGUACAGUUCAAAUUUUCUCUGAGGUUGGGAGGUUUACGCUC